AUGUUACGUCGAUUCCGGUGGAGGACACCUGUCUUUCUGAACACUGGCUCCGUCGCUCGGGACCACCUCGCCUCGGAGCGGACCUUCCUUGCCUGGAUCCGCACCGGCCUCGGCUUUGUGGCUCUCGGCAUCGCCAUUGAGCGCUUUUCGCAACUCGAUAUCCGCGAAAUCCUCCAGCCGCCGGAGAGUAGGAGACGCAGGGGUGGCGUCGACGACGCCGACGACGACGACGGGAGGGAGCAGGAUAAGGAGCAGUCGCAGCUCCUGGUCGGGGCGCUCAUGGGCCUGGGCUCCGGGUCCAUCGUCUACGGGACGGCGCGGUACUUCUCCAACCUGAGGCUCCUGGAGCGCGGCCAGUUCAAGCCCGCCUACCACGGCGCCGCCGUGCUAGCCGCUGGUGUUGCCAGCCUGGCAGGCGGGGUCUAUGGCAGUGCUGUGCGGAGAAGUCAACGGCGACAUCGAGAACGGGACGACAUGUCGACUGCUGGGUGA